AUGUGUUAUGGAAGUGAGGAUCACAUCUACAGUGCGCAGGAUAUUUCAGAGGGUGGUGUGGAUGGUGCCAUUCUCAUUUGUCAGGGGAAGGUUUUUUUAGUAGGUUGUCUGCUAUUCUCACUGUUUUUUUCAUCUUUAACAGAAUCUGACAAAAGCAGCUUCAAUAGCAGUGUAGCAGAUCAGCAGGCUGUAUUGGAGACUGUAGCUAAAAUUACUCAUGAGAAAUCAAAGAGAAAUGAUACACAUGAGGGAAAUGCUACGAGAGCAUUUCAGUUUCAGGAUGUGUUCUCACUGGAAAAUGAAGAUUCCGAUGAUGUGACAACUUUGAUCGAUAAAAAGGACAAUGUCUUCGUCAUGUCUAACAAGAAAUCCAAAUAUCCUGUGCUUCAAGUGGAUUUGAGGCUAAUAUCAGAUUUGGUGGUUGUAAUAGUUUCAGCAGCUAUUGCUGGGAUUGUCUUUUCUUGUUUGGGACAACCGGUUAUCGUGGGCUAUCUUCUUGCAGGCUCACUUAUUGGACCUGGCGGUUUGAAAUUUAUUAGUGAAAUGGUGCAGGUUGAGACUGUUGCACAAUUUGGUGUAGUGUUUCUUCUCUUUGCUUUGGGGCUGGAAUUUUCCUUGGCAAAGUUAAAAGCUGUGGGGGCUGUUGCUGUUCUUGGAGGACUACUUCAAAUUGUCAUUUUUAUGUUCAUGUGUGGCAUUCUUUCCAUGUUAUUUGGAGCCUCAUUGUCUGAGGGUGUUUUUGUGGGUUCCUUUCUGUCCAUGUCAUCAACAGCAGUAGUGGUGAAGUUUUUGGUGGAGCGAAAUAGUAGUAAUGCUCUUCAUGUUCAAAUUACAAUUGGGACUCUUAUUUUUCAGGAUUGUGCAGUGGGUUUACUAUUUGCUUUGCUCCCAGUUUUGGGUGGUAACAGUGGCCUUUUGCAAGGAAUAAUGUCAAUGGGGAGACUGCUGCUAGUGUUGUCUUUGUACAUCACUGCUACAUCCAUAUUGUCAUGGUCAUUUGUUCCUCGGUUUCUUAAACUUAUGAUGCGGCUAUCAUCUCAGACUAAUGAACUUUAUCAGCUUGCUGCUGUUGCUUUCUGCUUGUUAUCUGCAUGGUGCAGUGAUAAGCUAGGCCUUAGUCUUGAGCUGGGUUCAUUUAUGGCUGGUGUUAUGAUUUCCACAACAGACUUCGGUCAACAUACUUUGGACCAGGUGGAACCAAUUCGUAACCUAUUUGCAGCUCUCUUUCUCUCGAGUAUUGGAAUGCUUAUACACGUGCAAUUCCUUUGGAACCAUGUGGAUAUCCUGCUGGCAUCUGUUAUUCUGGUUGUAGUCGUUAAAACUGCUGUUGUUGCUAUAGUCACCAAGGCCUUUGGUUAUAGCCUUAAGACGGCAUUUAUUGUUGGUAUCUCGCUUGCCCAAAUAGGUGAAUUUGCUUUUGUCCUCCUGAGUCGUGCUUCAAAUCUUCACCUUGUUGAGAAUUUGAGUGAAGAAGCCUCCGACUUUGGAAAUGAACAUCCUACGUCGGAACCAUAGAAGAGGGAUCCAAAUAAAUGGGAAAACGUUGGGUCAAGUCAAGGUGUGGAGUUAACCCAUGAUUUCUUGUUAUUGUUCAAUGGAGACAUUUUUCAUCUAGUGGCGUAUCAUUAAAGAAUGUAUCCUGGACUUUUUUAUGUACCUUGCCAAUUUGCAAAGGAUAGUUUCCAAUUAGUGAGUUAGUUCAUGGAAUAAGUAAGCAGACAAGCAAAGGUUUGGUGUAAUCUAAAUGUCAAACCUAAAAUGCAACUACAGAAAAAUGGGGGAAACGUAAAUGAUGGUUUUCUGUUUGCUAAGUAGAUAGAUAAUGCAAGGAACAUCAACAUAAAGAGUAGGGAUGGCAAAUGAACCUGUCUCUUCGGGUAUUAUCUGAACUUGUACCAAUUUUGAUAGAGAAUCCCCUUAUUGAUUGGCUAUGGGUAUGGGUAAUACUCAAUUUUUUAAAUUAGGUAUGGGGAGGGGAUGGAUUAUGUACAUAUAUACCCGUCCGCAUACCCGUUUCCAUACUAGUCCAUGUUUUAAAUUACUAAAACACUUUUAAUUUAUUAGGUUGUUUAAAAAAGAAAACCUUAUAUGAACUCUUUUUUAGUCAAUUUCGUAACUUAUUUUUAAGGCACACAUUUGAUAUUUUUAUUUUAUGUUUUUACUUUUUGUAAAAGAAUUAUUUAAUUAAUAUUUAAAAUAGUUUAGGGUCGAGGACAAGUGCAGGGAUGGGUAUACCCGUGCUCCAUCAAUAGAGAUGGAGAUGGGUCAAAAAUCUCAUACCUGUUGACUAUGGUAUAAUUUUUUACUGUGAAGAUGGAAAUGGGACUGUCAAUCCUACACCUGCCAUGCCUCAUUGUCGUCCCUAAUAAAGAGGGUUUGUCAUUGGUGUACUUCUCUCAAUGGCUGCAAAUAGAAAUAAAAUCUGCUGGUUUUAAAAAUAAUGGAUUUCACGUGGGAAAGAGAGGAGUAAACUAUAUAUUGUGUGAUAUGUAAGUGCUAGUAACACACUCUUGACAUUAUCUUUUCAACACACUUAAAAUGUAUAUUGAAAAUGGAGUGCUGCCUACUAAAUAAUUAACAGAACUCU